CACACCACGACCUGCCGUAAAUGAAUACUUGGCACCUGCCCUCGCUUGAUACGCAGGUGUGGUGAGUGAAACUGAGGCAGCGAGGUGACCCUUCAGUAUCGCGCCGGUAUCUGUCGGUGGUGGAUCACCGCAAGGUCUCCAACAACAGCGCAAGCAAAAGGCCAGACCAGGACCUUCCCCGCUCCUCUCGCUCUUCCGAAGCCAAGGAGCUAGAACCGCCGCCCUACCAUGACGGGCUCCAGCAGAGAGACGCUGGCCAUGGAGAUGAACCAGUCCGCAGCCUCCGUGUCCUUCGGCAAAAGAGACGGCUGCUACGUGAACAGGAGCGUGGCGGUCAUCCUCGGGCUCCUCUUCGUCAGCGCAACAGUGGCCACAGGACUUCUUGUGUAUUACUACGCGCCGCAGGUCAGGGAGGCCGGAGAUCCUCUCAACCUCGCCAGAACCUCGCUAGCCACGGAACGCCCUAUGGUCCCUACCACGCCCAUGACCCCAGUAAAGGAAGACAAAAUUGACGUGAGGCUUCCCCGCUCCGUGAAGCCCCUCCAUUACAAGGUGAAACUCCAGCCUCUCAUCAACGGCAACUUCAGCAUCCUGGGUUACGUCGAGGUGGAGGUCGAGGUGUUGGAAGCGACCUCCAACGUCACCCUCCACAUCGCUGACAUUGUUACCAAGAAUGAGACGAUUAAGCUCGCCCCAUCCGACCAAGUCCAAGGGCCUGGCGUCGGCAUCACCAAACACAGUUACGACAACGAGAGGCAGUUCUACAUCGCGGAACUCGGCGAAGACCUGGUAGUGGGGGAGAAAUACGUCCUUUCCAUGGAAUUCGAGGGCUAUUUGAACGACCAGCUUCAUGGCUUCUAUAGGUCUACUUAUAAGGCUGAGGAUGGAAGCGACAGAUUGAUCGCCUCGACCCAGUUCCAGCCCACGGACGCCCGCAGAGCCUUCCCUUGCUUCGAUGAGCCGGGCAUGAAGGCCACUUUCGAGGUGUAUCUGGGCAGGGAGGAGGGUAUGUCCUCCAUCUCUAACAUGCCCAAGUUCGAGUCACUCCCCAUAGAGGGACAGCCAGGUUGGGUGUGGGACCAUUUCAACACCAGCGUUCCAAUGUCCACUUACCUGGUGGCUUUCGUCAUCUCAGAUUUCUCGCACAUGAACUCCACUGCCAAUGACCACGUCCUGUUUAGAGUGUGGGCACGCAAAGCUGCCAUCGAGCAAGCCAACUACGCCCUGACAACAGGACCUGACAUCCUCACUUUCUUCGAGGGAUAUUUCGAUGUGCCCUUCCCUCUCCCCAAGCAGGACAUGAUCGCCAUUCCGGACUUCUCGGCGGGAGCCAUGGAGAACUGGGGCCUCAUCACCUACAGAGAAACGGCCAUGCUUUACGACCCUGCAGUCUCAGCCGCGUCCAACAAGCAGCGCGUGGUGGUGGUGGUUGCUCACGAACUUGCCCAUCAGUGGUUCGGCAACUUGGUCACGCCCGAGUGGUGGACCGACCUCUGGCUCAACGAGGGUUUCGCGUCCUUCAUGGAGUUCCUGGGUGUUAAUCAUUCCGAGCCAUCCUGGAAGAUGAUGGAGCAGUUCGUCACCGAAGAUCUCCAAGACGUCUUCGCCAUCGACUGCCUGGAAUCCUCGCAUCCUAUCAGCAUCCCUGUGGGCCACCCAGAUGAGAUCAAUGAGAUUUUCGACCGUAUCUCUUAUGCAAAGGGUGCCUCUAUUAUUCGCAUGAUGAACCACUUCUUGACGGAAGCCACCUUCAGGAAGGGCCUCUCCAAUUACCUUACGGAACUGAAAUACCAGAACGCAGAGCAGGACGACCUUUGGCAGUACCUCACGACAGCAGCCCACGAAGACAACACGCUCCCCGCGGAUGUCACUGUCAAGAAAAUCAUGGACACCUGGACACUGCAGAUGGGUUACCCUGUGAUUAAGGUGACACGAAGCAGCGACGGCACUUCAGCAACAGUUUCCCAAGAACGCUUCCUCCUCGUCAAGAACCCCAACUCGACGGACACCCACGACUACAAGUGGUGGGUCCCUCUGUCCUACACCACGGAGACCAACCCCGACUUCGAGACGACGAAGCCCCAGCGAUGGAUGAUGGACACGGAAGAACAACUCACCAUUUCCUCCCUCCCGGCGAAGGACAAGUGGGUGAUCUUCAACGUGCAGGAGACCGGUUAUUACAGGGUCAACUACGACGUUGAGAACUGGAACCUGAUCAUCCAGCAACUCAAGGACAACCACGAGGCUUUUCACGUCAUCAACAGAGCCCAGAUCAUUGACGAUGUUUUGAACCUCGCACGUGGCGGUCAGAUAUCCUACGACACGGCACUGAGCGUGAAUGCUUACCUGGGCAAGGAAGUGGAAUUCGUCCCUUGGGAUUCCGCCCUGAACAACCUAGCUUAUCUGGAAAACAUGUUUACUCGUUCUAGUGGCUACGGCGAUCUGAAGAGCUACCUGCUGGACAUCCUGAUUCCCCUCUACAACUCCGUGGGCUUCGACGAUAACCUCAACGACCCUCACUUGGAUCAGUACAAGCGCGUCAAAGCUUUAUCGUGGGCGUGCAAUCUCGGCUACCAAGACUGCGUGGACAGAUCUCAGGGUCUUUUCAAUUCUUGGGUUCAGAACCCCUCCAACACCAGCCUCAUCUCUCCCAACCUGAAGUCGACGGUAUACUGCACGGGCGUGGCUGAGGGCGGCGAGGAGGAGUGGAACUUCGCGUGGGAGCAGUACAUCAACUCCAACGUCGCCACGGAGAAGGCUAAGCUCCUGUCGGCUAUGGGUUGUACUAAGGAAGUGUGGAUCUUGUCGAGGUACCUGGACAUGGCUUUCACGGAGGGCAGCGGCAUCCGGAAGCAGGACGCGUCGCAGGUGUUCGCCGCCGUCGCCAGGAAUGACGUGGGGCGCUACCUGGCCUGGAACUUCCUCAGGGACCAGUGGCAGCAGAUUGCUGAUUACUAUGGCUCAGGUUUCUUCGCCAUCGCCCGGAUUAUAAAGGCAGCCACAAUAUCCUUCAACACGAAGCUCGAAUUGGCGGAGUUGGAACUCUUUAAGGAAGAACACGCAGGCCAACUGGGCACAGCAACCCGCGCCGUCGACCAAGCCAUCGAGAGAACAGAAAAUAACGUUAAAUGGAUGGAUAAUAACUACGAAGUCAUCAUGAAGUGGUUGGCCGAUAACGGUUACUCUUCCAAACUCAAGGGUGUGUGAAAUCUGAAUGCGGAUUGAGACGGACGUGGCAGUGUGAUUCGAUUUUUUUUUGUAGCAUUUUAAUUUUUUUGUUUUUUAUUUUUUUUAUUUUUUUAAAUUUUUUUUGCUUGUAUUUUUUUUUUUUUUUAUGAGGGUUUUUAUUAUUUGCUUUAGUCGUUACUUUCAUUACCGUUAUUAUGGUACUUUCGUUGGAUUGUACAUUUUUUUUUUAAAUCUGUUAUUCCGUAAUAUCACUUUACGUCAGUAUCUUAUGCCCCGAAUUAUUUUAGUUACAAACUAACAUUACAAAUUUCUCUUUUCACUCCUCUUAUAUUCGAAUAAUUUACAAUGGUGCUCCUUUUUGUUUACAAAGUUUUUGUUUGUCGAUACUUCACCAGAAAUAUCGAGAAAAAAAACAAAACAAAGAAUAAGCUCGUUUUCACGUCUUCCCAAAUUCCGCGACACAAUGCCAAAAAAAGACAAAAAAGAAAAACAAAUGGCAUCGCGUGAAUUCCUUUUUUAAUCCUAUUUUGGUUACUGUCAGAUAAAACCUCCUCCGUGAAACAUAUCAGAUAAGAUUGCUCUAAGAGUAUCUCCUCUACUGUAGAAUAUAUUUCAUAAGGAAGAAUACAUUAUUUUGAAAUAAUUCCAGUGAGCGAGUAAUUAGUACAUUGGGACUCAUAAUAUAUUCAUCAAAUUAAAUUCCUAAGAAGUGAAAAUAUUGUGAGUUUCCUUUCAUUCAAGUAUUUCAGUAAUGAAUUGCGUUUCCCAGUAUCCGAGGCGUCCAAAAUGUAGACAGAAAUAAGUAUUUUCAUAUGCUGUUUCUCUUUCAUAUGAUUUUUUUUUUUUUAGGUCGAAGGCGCAUGUCAGAGUGCAAACAUACAAUUUACCUUAUAACUUAGGACAAUAAAGACCAUUUUGGUAUUUUAAGGAUUUCGUGUUUUAAUAAGGCUUGUAAAUUAUGCUCAAACUGGAGCUGGAAUUCAUAGUGUUUUUUUGGAUCACUUACAAAUAUUAUAGUUGAUCCAUAGGGUUUCUUUUUUAAUCAUUGUUUGUUGUCACUUUUCGAAUUGGAAACCUUUUUAAGAGGGAUUUAAGCCUCUAUGGACUGAAAACUUUGAACUAGCCUUAGUAGAGACGGGCAGGUUUAUACAUAUAUAUAUAUAAAUAUAUAUAGAUAUAUAUCAAACAUAUUGAAGAUUUUUUAAUACUUUCACUAUAUAGUAUACGCAUAUUAUGUAUAUAGAUAGUGACUCAUGAAAAAUAAAGAGAUAAUUGUA